CAUUUACGAAAAGGUCGAGAAGCAACCUACCCAACCCUGCUACUACAAGGUAAUAUCAGCUGAUUUUUAAAGGAGCAUGCGUGUUAAAUAUGUGUUUCAAUUUUACUGUGUAUUUUGAGGGCAAAAAUUAAUAUAAUCCUUGAGAAAAAUAAGAUUCAUCAUUAUGUCUGAUACUCUGCAGAAGGUGAAUGUAAAAACCGAUCAAAAGCUGACUACCACCGAUUUGAUUAACAUAAAAAGAAUUGAAGAGAUCAAUAGAAAAAGAGUAGCAAGUGUGAGAAAAAUAAAACAGAGGAAUAUUAUAUCCGCAUUGUCUCUUGCACUAUUUGCAGGAGGAGUUUAUGUCUAUACUAUUAGAACCAUGAAGCAGGAAGAAUUUUUAGAUGAUUUCAAUGAACCUGAAAAAGUUGGAUCCCCAUAACAUUUUGGACCAGACA